AUGCCCUGGUGGAGCAAUGUUUCCCUGCGAUUAAGUGUGUACCGACAUGACGAAGUUGGGAGUGGGAAGAGGGGAAGGACAAGAGAUACAGGUCCGGUCCGUGAACCCUGUAUUCUCAGGGGAUACUCAUCUUCCUUCAUCGUUGCUCCGGACGUCGAAGGCGAGGUCGAUCUCGGAGACAGAUGGGGGGAGAAUGUCGAGGUCGACUUUUUAGCACCAAUAAUAAAAGAAAGCAGCCGUGCGACGCUCUCGAUGACAUCAGGGAUUGUCGAUGGCGGAGCUAUGUUGAUUCGUAGUCGUAAGCAUCGGCGGUCGACAGCCUGUCGCUUCAAGGUCAGCAUGAAAGAAGAAUGGGGGAUAUUCGCGCCGUCUGAGGGCAAUCGUAAGAGCUCAACGUUACAGUCAGCAUCGAGUAAAGAUGAUUCGGUAGCAAGAUCUCGAUCUGAUGAAGAAUUCGCACGAGCCUUGUUGGUACCGGUUGUUUCUGCGACAGAGCGGGCCGUACUCCGUAGUUCAAGGUUCAUUGUUCUAGAUGCUGUACCUGGUACGCCGUCUUUCACUUCUCUACUUGGCAUCCCUGAAUGA